AUGGCGACCGGCAGCACAAAGGUAUCGGCGCUUACCGCGCGUCUGAACGAUCGCAUCGCGCGCUCCCCACUCGGCAGGCACUUCCGCCUCGCCGGCUCGGGCCAUCCGCUCGAGCGCGCCCACUCGCGCUUCUCGACCGAGAUCCGCGCAGGCCUCGUCACAGCCGCGGCGAUGCUCUACAUUAUCUCGGUCAACGCUAGCAUCCUCUCCGCGUCCGGUGGCCCAUGCGUGUGCAGCAACCCGUCCGCCGACGACCCCAUCUGCGACAACAAUGCAGAGUACAACAUCUGCAAGAACGAGCUACGGCGUGACUAUGUCACCGCUACAUCCGCCAUCUCAACGAUGGUCACGUUCCUCCUCGGGGCCUUGGCCAAUCUACCCCUGGGCGCAUCAGCUGGGCUAGGAGUGAACAGCUACUUUGCAUUCAGCGUUGUCGGGUACAAUGGCCAGGGUCUGGUGCCAUACGGCCAAGCUCUCGCCGCUGUCUUUCUCGAAGGCUGGAUCUUCCUGUUCCUGUCUCUGAUCGGCCUUCGGCAGUGGGUCGGGCGCUUGCUGCCACGCUCGCUGAACCUCGCCACGGGCGCGGGUAUUGGCUUCUUCCUGUGCUUGAUUGGCUUGGGGCCGAGCGGGCUCGGCGCGAUCGGUGGCAAUGCGACGGACCUUGUCGGCCUCGGCGGCUGUCCCGCACAGUACAAGGACGCCAACGGCUUCUGCGAGAGCCACGUGCUGCAAGACCCGCGCAUGUGGGUCGGCAUCCUCCUGGGUGGCAUGCUGACCGCGCUGCUACUUGUCUACCGCGUCAAGGGUGCACUCCUCUGGCCUAUCCUGCUCGUCGCCAUCUCCUCUUGGCCGCGUGGCGGCAACGCCGUCACGCUCUUCCCCCACACCGCAGAGGGAGACUCGAACUGGGACUUCUUCAAGCAGGUCGCCACAUGGCAUGGCUUCUCCAAGAUCUCAGUGUCUAACAUCGACUUUGACUACGCCAACGGAAAAGUCUGGCUUGCGCUCAUCUCUUUCCUCUACGUAGACAUUAUGGACACUACGGGCACACUGUUUGCGAUGUCACGUCAUGCUGGCUUGAUGGACGACCGGUCGGGCGACUUUGAAGGCUCCUCGAUUGCGUUCCUCGUCGAUGCCUUCUGCAUUAGCAUGUCCGCCUUGCUCGGUAUGUCGCCUUCAACCGUCUUUGUCGAGUCAGCCUCGGGUAUUGCCGAAGGCGGCCGCACCGGCAUCACCGCCAUCACUGUCUCGUUUGUCUUCUUCCUCUCCCUCUUCUUUGCACCGAUCUUCAGCAGCAUCCCAUCCUGGGCAACCGGCUCGACGCUGGUCAUCGUCGGUUCCAUGAUGGCGCGCAAUACGUCUGCUAUCAAUUGGAACCACCCGAAAGACGCAAUCCCCGCCUUCAUCGCCAUGACAUUGAUCCCGUUCUCGUUCAACAUCGCGUACGGGCUUAUCGCCGCCAUCUGCACCUGGAUCGUCCUGCACAACGUACCGCUACUGCUGACCUGGGCGUCUCGAGGAUUGAUCCCGCUGCCGCAAGGCUGGGAGCAAGCAGAGCCGUACAGCGCCUCUUUCAUACUUGCCAACGCGACUUCCGGCGAGCUCCCUUCGUCAUCAUUAUCGUCGUCGCCUUCGGGCGCAUCGCCCUCGACAUUAGCACGCCUGCUCGCGAUCCUGCCGCCGUGGCUGCGGCGCCUUGCUGGCGGCAAGCGGCGCUUCUGGGAGAUGGAGCCGUCCGAGCUGGAGGCGUACGUGGAGGGCCGGAAAGCGACGCUGGAAAAAGAGAGGCGCAAGCAGGAGGAGCGCGAACGGGAGUGGGCCGAGGAGAGAGAGGCGAUGCUCAAGGUCAAGGAGGCGGGCCAGGACGUCAUCAUGCCGCCGCACCACAGAGAGUACCCCGUCGGUGCGCUCGAAACGGACGCGGCGCGCAGAACGCCGGCAGAAGAGGAUGACAACAGCUCCGCCGACAAGGAUCGCAAGCUCGAGCAGGGAGGUUUCGCGUAG